UGCAAAUACUGUUUCAGUACACAGAGGUAGAUGAUAUAGACGGACACUGAAUCUGCCGCUGUGCUGUGCUGCGUGUUUUGAUUUGGAGGUUCGCCAAUAAAGAGGUGAUUAAGGCGUGAAGGAUGUGAAGCAACGAGUACGCCAUUUUCCACACACGUUUUGAAUUCCACCAAAAUCACAACGCAGUAACAAGAAUUAGCAAUUAUUCUCUUCCAAUAAAAACACCUCAUGGCAUCACUCAGACAGCCUACACCCAGCCUAUCCCCUCCACCGCCGUCGCCAAAUUAUUGAAAUUCACUGAAAUCUCAUCCGGGUUUUCCCUCCUUCGCCCGUUUGCUCUGUUUUCUUGAAAAAGUUUGGAUUUUUAUUCGGACCUUUUUGAUCUGGGAGGUUAUGGAGGAGGGUGGGUUAUGUCAAUGGAGUGUAAUUCGAUCGGUGUUGGCUAUUCUUCAAUGGUGGAGUUUCAAUGUUACUGUUAUCAUCAUCAAUAAAUGGAUCUUUCAGAAACUGGACUUUAAGUUUCCAUUGACUGUGUCGUGUGUUCACUUUAUAUCCUCGGCUAUUGGUGCAUACUUGGUAAUUAAAGUGCUAAAACUUAAGCCCCUCAUUUCAGUGGAUCCAGAAGAUCGAUGGAGGCGGAUUUUUCCUAUGUCGUUUAUAUUUUGCAUCAACAUAGUGUUGGGGAAUGUUAGCCUGAGAUACAUACCUGUUUCCUUCAUGCAAACCAUCAAAUCUUUCACCCCGGCAACGACAGUGUUAUUGCAGUGGCUUAUCUGGAAGAAGUCUUUUGACUGGCAAAUUUGGGCAUCGUUGAUUCCCAUUGUUGGAGGGAUUCUUCUCACGUCCAUCACGGAGCUUAGUUUCAACAUGUUUGGCUUCUGUGCUGCUUUGUUUGGCUGUCUUGCUACUUCCACAAAAACCAUUCUUGCAGAGUCUCUGUUGCAUGGUUACAAAUUUGAUAGUAUAAACACAGUGUAUUAUAUGGCCCCAUUCGCAACGAUGAUCUUGGCAGUGCCCGCCUUGUUGCUCGAAGGAUCGGGUGUUGUGGCAUGGCUCUACACAUGCCCUUCUCUUCCCUCAUCUCUUAUAAUCAUAUUUGGGUCUGGAGUGUUGGCCUUUUGCCUCAACUUCUCAAUCUUCUACGUCAUUCAUUCCACCACUGCCGUGACCUUUAAUGUUGCCGGAAACCUCAAGGUUGCUGUUGCUGUGACAUGUUCGUGGCUGAUCUUCCGCAACCCAAUCUCAAUGAUGAACGCUGUCGGAUGCUCCAUAACCCUCGUCGGAUGCACCUUCUACGGGUACGUUAGACACAAGCUCUCGUCCCAAUCGCCAGGAACCCCUCGUACGCCCCGGACUCCAAGAAGCAAGAUGGAGUUGCUCCCAUUAGUAAGUGACAAAUUAGAUGACAAAGUCUGAAUCUUGUUUGUACCAGAAAUCAGUAAUAGUACAUGCUUGCUUGUAGAAAAUUCAAGAUUUCUUCUCAUUGUCACCAAAACUAUGAUCUAAUGGAGAAUGGAGUAGAUUAUCACA